AUUUUUUUUCUUAAGAAACAACCACAAGUCUAAACACAAGUCCAAACACAAAGCCACUCUUUCAAUCAUCAAUCUUUGAAAUGGCUCGCACGAAACAAACAGCAAGGAAGUCCACCGGAGGCAAGGCGCCACGUAAGCAGCUGGCCACGAAGGCCGCUCGGAAGUCAGCUCCGGCGACGGGAGGAGUGAAGAAGCCGCACCGUUUCAGGCCGGGAACUGUAGCCUUGAGAGAGAUCAGAAAGUACCAGAAGAGCACGGAGCUUUUGAUUCGGAAGCUUCCGUUUCAGAGACUAGUAAGAGAAAUUGCUCAGGAUUUUAAAACCGAUUUGAGGUUCCAAAGCAGCGCCGUCGCGGCUCUUCAAGAGGCAGCCGAGGCUUAUCUCGUCGGACUCUUUGAGGACACAAAUCUCUGUGCAAUUCACGCUAAGAGAGUCACUAUUAUGCCUAAAGAUAUUCAACUCGCCAGCAGGAUCAGAGGCGAGAGAGCUUAAUUGUGAAGAAGAAAUUUAAUGUGUAGUAGAUCUGCGUUUUAGGGUUUGAGUUUCACUAGAUUCUUGUUCUUGUGUUAUUUAAGAAUUACUUUCUUUCAAUAUAAUUAAUUUUUCCGAUUAAAAAUA